AUGUCAACAAAAAAUAGAAGUGAUAAAAGUUCAUCAAGUUCAAUAACCAAGGAUAAAUAUACUAUUAUUUUACCAACUUAUAAAGAAAGAGAAAAUCUUCCAAUCAUUAUUUGGUUAAUUUCAACAGAAUUAGAAAAAUGUUUUAUAGAUUAUGAAGUUGUUAUUGUUGAAGAUAAUUCACCAGAUGGUACAUUAGAAGUUGCACAACAAUUACAAAAGAUUUAUGGAGAAGAAAAGAUAAAAAUUUUAUCAAGACCAGGUAAGAUGGGAUUAGGUAGUGCAUAUAUGGAUGGUAUAAAGAAAUCAACAGGUAAUUGGGUGAUUUUAAUGGACGCAGAUCUUUCACAUCAUCCAAAAUUCAUUCCACAAUUCAUUGAGAAACAAAAGAAACUCAAUUGUGAAAUUGUAACUGGUACACGUUAUCAAAGUGGUGGUGGUGUAUUUGGCUGGAAUUUAUAUAGAAAGUUAACAUCACGUGUUGCAAAUUACAUUGCAUCAGUUUUAUUAACACCUGGUGUAUCCGAUUUAACAGGUUCAUUCCGUCUCUAUAGAAAAGACGUUUUAGAGAAAUUAAUCACUCAAAAUAAAUCAAAAGGUUAUGUAUUCCAAGUUGAAAUGAUGGUUAGAGCAAAUCAAUUAGGUUAUCAAGUUGGUGAGGUCCCAAUCACUUUUGUUGAUCGUAUCUUUGGUGUCAGUAAUUUAGAUAGUGGUGAAAUCGUUGGUUUCUUAAAAAGUGUUUUAAAUUUAUUUAUGAAUAUUGAAUAG